AUGGAUGUAUGUCAAUUAUACCCCGGUGAUCGUAGCCAAACUCAAGGUGGAAUGAGUCCAAUAGAGAUUUAUGUGAAUGCUGUCGAUAAUGGUGCCGUCGAAGCAGAAAGUAACAACCAACCUUCCACAAGUCAAACUUCUAAUGACCUAUUCUUAUCUCUACAAACCAAUCCAAAACUUCAAGAACAACAACGAUUACUUUUACAACGAAUUCAGCAUGCUAUGAAUAAUAAUGAGAGUUUUUAUAGCAGUAGCUCAUCUACUUAUAGUUCAUCGGUUCUUUCUUUAAUUUCGUCGUAUAACUAUGAUCAAGCUAAUAAUUCUAAAGAAACGACACUUACUAAUGAUUCUUUUGAUGGUGCUAAAGAUCUACCACCAUUGCCAAAACCUUCAUUCUCAAAGUUUAUAAAUUUUAAUUCAUUAUUGAAACCGAAAAAAUCAAAAUCAAAAUCGCAUAGCCGUUCUACAUCGAAAUCGCAAAACAGUACUACAUUUGAAGAAAACAAACAAGAAAUCAAAAUAGAGAACAAACAAAUCUUAUUCGAAUUAAAGGUCUCAAAAUGGCAUUCAACCAAUAAAAUGUCUUUUAAUCACUAUCUUGUCUUAACGCAAGAAUGUUUAUAUCACUUUAAAAAUGUUGAGAGGGCUGCUAAAGCUUUUAAUGAUGAUAUCGAUUCAGCAGGAAAUAUAAAAUCUCAGCUCACUCAGCAUCUAGCUUUAAAAUUGAAUACCGUAUAUGCUAUAUCUGAAUAUCUCGUACCAGAACCAUAUAUUAGAAUAUAUUUUGUCUCGUCACCAAAAAGGCAUGAUAUUAUUACAAUUACAGCUCCAGAUUUUCAAAAACAUCAACGAUUGCUUUCUACUUUGCGUCUCGCAAUUAAACAUACCAACCCCAUUGGUCCGUAUGUAUCACAUCAGCAAAGAUCACGAAUAAUACAAGAAUUAAGGUUACUUGAUGAUUGGGUUGAUGAAAAUGAGGAAACUCUUUUGACUUAUAAAGUGUUGCUAAAAUCAUUGAAAGAUAACGAAAAGAAACAAAAUGAAAAAAAACCACUAUUAACAUCAAUUUUCGUACUUGGAAGGAAUAAUGUUUAUUUGAUCCCAGCUGACAUUGCUGAUGAAGAUGAAUUGAGUUCAAAACAACAAAUUCAUUAUUCUUUACUUUUUGAAGAAUUGAAACCUAGAAAAUUUGAUAUAAGAAAAUAUCAAUAUCCUAUAAUGUGUCUUGCAAACAUUCAAUCUACUGAACAAGAUACUUUCCGAUUAACUUUUAGGAGUAAUAAUGGAAACAUGCGACGAACAAUGGAUAUUGCAUCAUUAUUUAGUGAAACAAUCAUUACAGAGCUUCGAACUGCCAUUGAUUCUAUAACAUUCUGGUGGCCAUACUCCACCUAUACACUUGGUGCACAAACAUCAAUUCCAGCCGAAAGAGUUAAACCUCCUAAACUUGAAGAAAUGGUAGCUCAAGAAAAUGGAAUAGAAAGAAUGAUUGAAGCUCAAUGUCAUGCUCUCCGAAUAUCUAAAUCAAGAAUUUUAUUCUCGUUUGAACGUAUUCUUGACACAAAAAGUGAUGCAUCCAGACAAAGUUUUGGUAAUUUACUCUACGCCUUUACGUUGUAUCCGCCUAAAGAAAGAUCAUAUAGUAGUGCUGAAUUAUUUGCUGUACUAACUUCACUAAAGCAUCAUCCGUUAUUACACGAGUUAAUUUUACGGAAUAUAAAUCUUUCCGAACUUCAAGCUCAGGUCGGGCCAAUCAAUCACGAAGGAUCAAAUAUGCUUUCUGUAGUGUUAUAUGAUAUCCUCACAUUAAAUCCAAGGUUAAAAAUAUUAGAUUUGACAUCAUGUGGAAUUACUGGUGAAACAAUGUCAGCUAUUGGAAACGCAUUCUCUACAGGAAAAUCUUUGCUAGAGAGAUUGAUACUAAAUGAUAAUCACAUAUCAGAAGGUGGAUUAAGGGAAUUAUCAUCUGGAUUAGCUGUUCACGGAUCAUUAAUAAAAGAGUUGGAUAUUUCAAACUGUAGAUUAAAUAGCGUUGAUAUUGAAUCAAUUAUAACCGCCAUUACUGCAAGUUUUCCAGAGAGAUUAGAAUCGUUUAAUCUUUCCAACAAUACGGGGAACUUUAGAACAGAGAUACUAUCAAACCUUUUGUCAAGAGCAAUUAAUCUAAAAGUAUUAAAUUUACAUAGUUGUGUAAAACUAUUUAGUUACACUAAUAUAGUAAUUUCGUCAGAAACAUUAAGAAAUUCCCAACUUACAACAUUAGAUAUUGGAGGAAUUUCUUUAAAUAAUCAAGAUCAUUUAAACGCACUUUACACUUAUAUUCAGUCUUCAUCAUUCUCAAAAGUAAAACAUCUUAAAAUUGAUCAUUGUAAUUUGGACGGUAGUGCACUGGCAAAGAUAUUUUCUUUAAUAGCAGCAUCUACAAAUUAUGAAACAGUCAAAGUUUGGGCAGGUGGAAAUUAUGUAUCAAGAGCCUCUUCUGGACAUAGAGAAUUUUGUAAUGCUAUUUCAAAUGAUUGGACACCUGUUUGGCUCUCUCUCGAAGAUACAGUCUAUGGAACAACUAUUGAUAAUGUUGUUGAGAUAUUGACAUCAUUUUGUAAUAACAAAGUGAUUAAAUAUUUAGAUUUAUCAUGCCCACAAAUUAAAAUCAGUAAGAAUGUUGCUUUUAGUCUACAAGAUUUCAUGACGGCAGAAAAAGCUUGCGCAGUUAUAGGAAAACUAUUAAAGGACAACAAAUGCAUCAAAGAAUUGAAUUUACGAGGAGAACCAGAUAAGCAAUGGGGACCAUCACUUGGAGUUCAGUUGACUGGGUUAAAAACAAAUGAUACUUUGGAAAAGUUGAAUAUAAGCGGGAACUCUAUAAAUGGUUCAGAUGUAAGGUUAUUAAACGAGGUUUUAAAAUUCAAUUCAAGACUGAAAUAUUUGAGCAUAGACGAAAACAUGGCUCUCGAAUUUCAGGAACACAUUCAAAAUUUAGAUAAAAGGUUAUCUAUUGCUUCAAGAGAAACUUUUGGCACAGAAGAUCAUAUAUUAAACAAGCAUUCAGAGUUGAAACCUCAGGAUGAGGUUGAGGACGGUAAAAAUGGUACACAUGUUGAAAAUAUGGAAGUUACAGUUGAAACUGUGAAUGAGAUUAAAUUUGAAGGUGGAGUGCCUCCGAAGAAUGAUUUAAAUAUAUAUGAAUUUUAUUACAUUUAG